AUGGCGCCACCGCCAUUCUUCGGUGGAAUAGUGGCGCUCUGUGGUAAGAACGCCUUUGGUCAUGUUAUUUUGUGCACAUCUAUGUGGGAUACUUUGGACACAACGGUCCCAGAGGUGGGCGACCAACGAGAAAAGGAGCUUAUUGCUAGAUCCGAGUUUUGGGGUGCUAUGCACACGGGCGGUAGUCAAGUGGUCAGGUGGCUUGGGACCAAAGACUCGGCGCAAACGGUGGUUGACAAGAUCAUCAAAAUUCACAAAGAAAAUGGCAAAGCCAUGCUCAAGAUCCAAGAGGAGCUGGUGGAUGAGGGCAUGUCGCUAGACAAAACUGGAGCUGGACGCGAGGUUCAAAGGGAGAUCAUCGCUGCAAAGGCCGAAUUGCAGCAAGAGAUUCAGCAACUCCAGAAUGCGCAUGCAGAAAUGAUGCGACAGUCCGAUGAGGAAUUGGCCAAAACGCUUGCCACGCAGAAGGAGGCUUUUGAACAGCGUCUCCAAAAGGAAGCCGAGUAUGAGCAGCGACUAGCAGCGGCCACGUCAGAGCAACAGCAGUUGAUAGCGGCAUUCGAAGAGAAGGCCGCCGAGUAUGCGCUUGCACGUCGUGAGCAGAUGGAGGACGAGGAGAGUUUCAAAGACGCCCAAGCACAUUUUGCAACUGAGGUAGAAAGUUUGGAGAAGAGGAUCAAAGAUCAAGAAGACCUGAUGGAACAGCGGAGGUUAGAGCAGGAACUGAAAGAGGCCGAAGAGCUUAAGGCGGAACUUGAGAAGCAGCGUAUCGAUGAGGAGAAGACAGCAGCUAUGCACGAAGAGAAUGUUACGCUACAGCUUGAGAAGAAAGCUCGGAGGAAGGAAAAAAUGAGAGAUGGGGUAGCGAUCCUGGGCGUUGUGGCUGGUGUUGUCUUCUGCGGUCGUCGGCGUAGCCACCAUGAAUCCAGGUUUGAUCGCUAUGGGGGCAUCGAUGACCGGUGGCUCCGCUUCGGGGUGAAGAAUACUGGGCAGCUGUAA